AAAAGAGACUUAUUAAACGAAAAAGAUCGUAUUAGAGAGCCCGUAAAUUCUUAAUCGUUUUAAAACAUGCCUUAACAACAUGACAAUUAUGUUUAUAUAGAAAAACAAGAAAUAGAAAGCAGAAUAUUAAAAGUAUUAACUAAUUUCGAAUAAGUGAAUUUAAAGACAUUUUAAUGGAAUUAAGAUUUUAAAUAAUUAUAAUUAGAUAGUUUAGAUUAAAUUUCUUUAAUAGUUCUUAUAGAACAUGAAUUUAAAAUAGUUUUUCCAGACGGACUUUUUGAAGGCUUUACUAAUAUUGAAUAAAUAGUUAAACAUAUAGAAAAAAAUUCAAAUGCAAUUUGA